CAAAGCUCUGCACCAACUUCGUAUCCACGACGGCGAAUUGCUGAAGGGCUUGACAGAUGCCUUCGCCUCUGCCACGGAUCAAGAUCGCGAGCUUGCUUUAGAGGCCGAAGAGGCUGGCGUAUCUUUUCCGGUAGAAGAUAUCAACGCCUCAACCCUGGCUGUGAUGCGACAUCUGCACGAGUUAGCGUUCUAUCCGAAGGGGAAACGUGAAGAGAAGAAUCCGUUUUGUCACUUGUUGCAGGGUUUGCUUAGAAGAAGUACUAGUAGAGGCACUUCUAGCAAAACAUCUUCUUCUGGAACAACUACGAAGUUGUCUCUUGGAGAACGUUUUGAGGCGUUGCAUUUUCUUUCCUGUUGCAAGGUCUGGGACGAACCAGAGGAAAUCAAGCGGACGUGGGUCAUAGCA